UGUGGGUCGAGCAGAUGCGAUCGGUACAGCCGACAGUCAAAUUGGAUAAUUAAAAUUCGUACAUUCUUACCGCCGAUCAUCGACGCCGACAACGCGAAGAAGCCACAGCAUCAUCAGUGCGAAUCCAACACGCGCCCGAUGUCUUAGAGAAACAAUUUACUCGGUUUUGAUAUAAAGUUCGUUGGUCAGGUGCUAAGCCUAAGCAUUUUGUAGUGUUCUUUGGUAAGCGCAACAGUUGCAGAACAGUGCUAGAGCCAAAGUAGAAGAGAACAAUGCUUAGGCUAAGUGUUGUGUGUGUGGUGCUAGCGGUCGUCGCUGUGUCACUGGCGGAACCUCCGGCAUCGGGUGGAUAUCCAGAUCGCCGGAAUGGUAAUGGAAACGGAAAUGGAAAUGGCAACGGUCACGGUAAUGGCAACGGAAAUGGGAAUGGGGGCGGCGGAGGUUUUCAACAGGUGCCAAGUGGGCCUCAAACGUCCGAGGGGCAGUCUGUGGACGCUCAGUUGCUGGAAAUGGUGAAAAUGCUGUUACUGCAGCAUGAAAGUGAAUCAUCCAACGGUCAAAGCAACGGAAAUGGCAAUGGCAACGCAGGUCAGUACGGUUCAUAUGGUCCACCAGCAGGUGGCGGUGGUUCUUCGGGUCGUGUCACUGGUAUCGAACUGGAGAAUCCACGGCAGAGCAUGCAAGUUGCAGAAUUCUGGCAGGGAGGUCCCGAACAGGGCGCUCCGGGUGGUUCGUUCGGUGGAUCAGUUCCGAGCGGGUCCUACGGUGCCCCGAGUGAUUCCUACGGAGCACCGUUAGGUAGGAAAUAAGCUAGUUAAGUAUUUAUGUUAGGUAUUGUUAGUUCAGAAAAAAAAAUAAAUUUGUCACCGUUAA